GGUACGCAGACAACCUUUACGUAAAUUUUGUUUACCUUUUCUUGUCGACGUACGAAUAUGGGACAGUUAUUUCAUGGCACAUUUGUAACGAUUUUUAAUAUAAGCAUGGAUUACAUUUGUUAUCACUGGAUUUAUACUUUAUUUUGCAUAUACGGUUGGAUUUUUAUAGAUGUGCAAAACGUACAAAAUUGCACUUAUUAUUGUCAAUGAAUUGAUAUAUACAUUUUUGCUCACAACAUUUGCUGGGAAAAGUCGUUGUACUUUCCAUCAAAAGAAAAUGAGGAAGAUACAUUUUAUAGAAUAUCAGAUGUAUACUUAGUUCAUGUUCAUUCUUCUCGAGUGUAUAUGCAAUUUCUGUAAAUAUAGUGUUGACAAAGAAAAAUGUUGGAUUUUUUUCCUGGAAUUAUAAUAAUACUCAAGGAAGAUGGAUAUACAUGUAUGAGGUCUGCGCACCGGUACCGUUUCAAAAUGAAGAAAUUGAUCUUUAUCAUUCUCCUUUUGACUGCCAUACUACAAAUGACUUCUGCAGGCGCUAUACGGUGUGGUAAUAAUUGUGAUAGUGAUAGUGAUAGUGAUAGUGAUAGUGAAGAGAAAGGCGGUGGUGGUGUUGGUGGAGGACGAGGUGGUGAUUUAGGAGGAGGUAGUGGUGGAGGAGGAGGUGCUGUUGGAGGAGGUAGUGGUGGAGGAGGAGCUGCUGCUGGAGGAGGUAUUGGUGGAGGAGGAAGUGCUGUUGGAGGAGGAGGUAGUGGUGACGGAGGUUUUGCUCAUAGAAAAUAUGGAAAAAGAAAAUGAAACAGUCUUCAGAAGAGCCUAACAACUGCCUUUUCUAGAUCUCUUGGUUUUAAUUCGAUGACAUUUUGAAGUAUUAAAUCAUUAAUUAAC